GAUAAACCAAUGUCCGGCGUUUGGGUUUUUAAGAACGGCGUUGUUCGUCUCGUCGAGAACCCUGGGGUCGACUCCUUUGACGGAAGCCGUCAGGGUUCCAACGCUCGUCGCAAACUGCUUAUCCACACUCCAUCUAACGAAGCAAUCACUUCUUACGCGGUUCUCGAGCGUAAGCUAUCAAUUCUGGGGUGGGAAAGAUACUAUGAUGACCCAGACCUUCUUCAAUUCCACAAACGAUCCACCGUUCAUCUGAUCUCGCUUCCUAAAGAUUUCAGCAAGUUCAAAUCCAUGCACAUGUUCGACAUCGUCGUCAAGAACCGUAACAUGUUCGAAGUCAGGGAUGUGUAGUUCCAAUCUUUAGUCUUUCGUCAUCUUUUCUUCUUCUUUCC